CUUGAAAAGAAACAUUACCAGUAUUAUUUUCAUUAGUAGCAUCGUUAGCAGCAACAUCACCAGAACGAGCAUCAUCGUCUGAAAGCCAAAGAUGGAAUUUAUGAAUGAGUACUGUCUUUUGCCAGGAAAAUAGUAGAAUACUUGGAUGGGCCUGGCUCUGAUGAAUUUACAACUUCGUUUCAUAAAAGAAAAAUGAAACGGCUUAAACAACAAGGAGAUCAAGUGAAGCAAAGAAUCCAGACGAGACUUAGGAUCGAAUAGCACCGGGAAUUAGAAUCCCAACUCGAAGAAGAAGCCAGCACGUCACAGAUUCAGCCGACAAUUAGCUACGCCGAAUCACCUUCCAUGUUUGGGUUGACUAGUGCUAUCGGCUCAACAAUGUUACUCCCACUUCGUUGGUUGGUGGUUGGUUUGCAAAACUUUGUGUUUGGUCUAUCAAAAGUAUUUUUUGGUCUUAAAAAUUAUUUUUUUCAAGAAGGACAACGCUUAUACGAUCUAUAUGUCCGAGGUACAAAGCUUGAACCAAAACAAAGGAGGCAGAUGGCAGCUGGUCUUUCAGGCAUUCUGGAGUUGACGGGAGACGACAAGUGUGGCCAAGCACCCUUGUUUGAAAAAAGAAGUUGGAAGAACAUUAAACACCAUUUUGUUAAAAAAUACCAAGUUAAAUCGGUGGAUAUUGACACAUCAAUUAAAGAAAAAUGGGAGUAUAUCUGUGCAAAAAGCUUGGAAAAAGGGAGCGUCACGUAUGGAAGAAGAUAUUUAGACAGGCUAUGUGGAUCGAUGAAGGUUUCAGAUGCUGAAUACAAUACGUACAAGUUUCUGGAUGUAAUUCUUGACAGUAUUCAAAACUCCCAGCACAUUUUAAACCCCACCUACAGUAGCAACAUUCCUGAAGGCGAUUAUACGUACACGAUUUGGAUGCCAUUUUUCAAAAAACUGUUUGAAAUUGAUUCACACAUUAUUCGAUUGAAGCCCACCGAAACAGUACCUGAUGAUUCGACAAGCGAAAAAGCGUACAUUUACGAAGACUACGAUAACAAGCAUAUAAUUGGAUUUAAAAUUGAUUUGAGGUUCAUUUAUGAUUUUGAGGAUAAGGAAUUCGAUUUGUGUAGUUUAGAAUGCUGUCUCGAAGAUGCUGAUGAAGAAAAGACACAGCACGAUCACAGCAAACUGAUUCGGGAAGGCAAAACUAACACAACAAGUUUGUACUAUGUGACGGAAAAUAUGCCUUCUAUGCAUACGUGGAUCAUCCAAGCUUGUGGAUUAACUUUGUACGUUUCUACAGUUGUUUAUGUUGGUAAAGAUUCCUUCGUGGUCAUUCCAUAGUUCUAUGGAGCUUACCUAGCUACCGUCGGAUAACUUGAUUCCUUUGUUGAUGGUUUACAAAACCUUUUUACUUUCAAGAAGGCGGGUGACAGAGAAGAUUGGUGGACCUAUAAGCAUAUGGUAGAACAGCUCAAAGAGGGUCCAAAUGAGCUGUUCCAGCUACUACUCUACACCGUGCACGUACAUCAGCAUCAACCAAAUAUGAUUGAAUGAUCAACGAAAUAGAAUUUGGGAAUUUUUGGCAGA